UCUGAAACAGCAAUGUGAAUGCAGGGAGUUGAAGUCUCAGCUUCAUGAGGCUGAUGGACAGAUCGAAUGCCUGAGAAUGCAAUGUGAGACUUUGACUAGUAGAGGGCAGCAACAAGAACAAGAGAUCAGGCGACUAAAUAAGGCCCUGACUGAGGUGCACAAGAGCUCAGUGUGUCACCAGGAUGAUUCACAGGCAGGACAGAACAUAUGGAUGCAUCAGGCCCAGGUCUAUAAGGAGGACUUCUUAAAGGAGAGGAGAGACAAGGACAGGUUGAAAGAAAAGUACACUGAGCUGGCGAACAGGUGCAAGAGAAUCCAUGCCGAGUUACAUGUUGCCAAAGCACAGGUACGGUGGACUCCAUCCACAGGAUCCUCACCACACACAUGA